AUGAGUAUUGGGCUUGGAGAAGCUAUAUAUGCUGCUUUAAAGCCAAUUUUGAAGAUUUACGUUAUUAUUUUUGUCGGUUAUUUGAUUGCAAGAUAUAAUAUCGUCACGGUUGAGACGAGCAGAGGCAUCUCCAACAUGGUAGUAAACGCUAUUCUGCCGUGCCUGACCUUCAAUAAAAUAGUGGGUAAUAUCUCUGACAAGGAUAUCAAGGAAGUUGGUGUCAUAGUCCUAACGGCAAUGAUGAUUUUUGUGACUGGUGGCUUGGCUGCAUACUUAACUAAAUGGGCAACUAAUGCACCUAAGAGUUGGUACUGGGGGCUCCUAUUUGCGGGAAUAUUUCCAAACAUUUCUGAUCUACCUAUUGCCUAUGUGCAGAGCAUGAGUAACGGUUCUAUCUUCACCUCAGACCAAGUUGACAGAGGUGUUGCUUACUGCUGCAUUUUCCUGGCAACUCAGAGUUUCUUAAUGAUGAAUUUUGGAAUGUUCAGGCUUGUCGGUCUUGAUUUCAGGCAGAAAAAACAGGAUGAAGAGGACCACCCGGAAUCCGUACAAUCUUUUUCCCCUCCAGAGAAAAAGCAUGAAAUUUCCUCCUCUCAAAAUGAUAAUUUAUAUCAUUCGGAACAAGAAAUCAAACUAUCAAAUGCUGGUGCUCCUCAUGGAGAGGACCAGAAUAGCUUACAGUCAUCUUUGAGUGAGAGCAAUGUGGAUGAUGAUAACAAUCAGCAGGGGCCAGUCCCCUUUCGCCAAAAUUCAGUUAAAUCAUUUAUGAUGAACGAGGACUUUACUUCUCAGCAUUCAAUAAACUCUCAAGACUCCUUCACCGGCAGUUCGUCCUUACAGCAUAUUCACACCCUUCCCUCAAUUUCAAAUUCCCUUGCAAGAAGCAACUCUCUAAAAUCUAAUCGAAGGAGAUCUAGUUCAACGAACACAAGAAGGUUUCGCCACAGAGCUAAUUCUCAAAACGUCGAUGAUGUUAUUAACGAAUAUAGCGCAGUUAGUCGCAUCAGAACUGGAGAAAUAGAUUUGUCAAGACCCUUAUCAUUAACGCAAGAGGUGGGGACUGGAAAUGCCUCAAUGGGCGGCGAUCAAGACGAGGAAGAUGAAGAAGAAGAUCAAGAAUUAGAGGAAGUAAACAUGGGAAAGGUAUCAAGAGUUUCAACCAGAAGAUCAGUCAGCCAAAAAAAAUCAAAGUUUUCACAGUUUAUUCAAAAAUACAAACUGGGGUGGUUUCUUUAUAUACUGAUCAAUUUCGUAAGACCGGCCUCUUUGGGAGCUCUCCUAGGAAUCAUAUGCUGCAUGAUUCCUUGGGUUAAAGCAUUAUUUGUGCAUACUGAUGUCCAUAUGCAUCAGGCACCGGACGGGCAACCGGUCUUGAGCUUCUUGAUGGACUUUACGAGUUAUAUCGGCAAUGCGUGCGUACCAUUAGGACUUCUGUUGCUGGGUGGGACUUUGGCUCGUUUAAAAAUAAAGGUUUUACCGAAGGGGUUUUGGAAAACAACAGUUAUGAUGACAGUAUUCAGAUUGAUGGUGUUGCCUAUCAUAGGAGUAGCGUGGGCAAACAAAAUUUAUGAACUGAACUGGCUUGAAAAUGAGGUAGCCAAAUUCAUCACUAUAUUAACAUGGUCAAUGCCCAGUGCAACUGCUCAAAUAUAUUUCACUGCAUUUUAUACUCCAUUAGAAGGUGAUCAUUUGCAAAUGGAUUGCCUUUCCGUUUUCUUCCUAGCCCAAUACCUGGUUCUCUUUAUUACAUUAUCGUUUGUUAUGAGCUACACUUUAAAGGUAGAUUUAAAGGUCUGA